AUGUACUGAACACAAGCAGAUGGCGUGGUUCAUGCUCGGCCUUCUGGUCGAUGUUCAGCUGCCUGGUGGCGAGUCAGUCGCGGACUUGUUCAGUGCUACGAAAGCCCUUCUGGACUUCGUGUAUAUGGCACAAUACUCGGUCCACUCAGGCGCGACUCUGGUCGCACUCGAGCGCUCACUGUCCGAGUUCCAUGCGAAGAAGGAUGUCUUCAUCCGGCUUGGCAUACGGGACAACUUCCUCCUUCCGAAGCUUCACAUGAUGACUCACUACGUCCGCGCGAUCAAACUCUACGGUACGACCGACAAUUACAAUACAGAGUCCACUGAGCGACUCCAUAUUGAUUUCGCGAAAGAGGCCUACCGCGCGACGAACCAUAAGGACGAAUUUCCACAAAUGACCCAGUGGCUCGAGAGGCGCAAGAAGAUGCUGCAGCAUGCCAACUACGUCGAAUGGCGUCUCCUCAGAGUGCAACGUGAGCAGCGUGAUCUCAUCGCUGCACGUCAAGAGAUACACUGGCGGCCGCCAGAUAUGGCAUGCCCGCUACAUCAUCUCAUGACGAAGCAUCCCAGUCGAAAGGCGGUCCCUGUCGCCGAGCUCGUGUCUUCUCAGGGCUAUGGUGCGACGUUUUUUAGGGCUGCUCUUGCUCGCUUCGUGGUGGAGUUUGACAAUCCAGCUCUGGCACGAAACGACGUCGAAGCUCAGGCACUCCAGGUCCGAUUUCCAUUUGCGACUCUACCGGUCUUCCAUAAAAUCAAGUUCCGCAACGUCAAGUACCACGACAAAGAGACCCUCGAUUCAAUCCAUGCGCGACCUCGUCAAAUAGGUCAGAACGAUGAAGUACUUAUACCGGCGCGCUUUGACACUGCACUCGUACGUGUUCGGCAAAGCGAGAACCUAGAAGCUCGCAAUGGCCUUGCUGGUAAGAUUCCCUUUAAUUCGGUCUCCAACAAUACUCACAUGUAG